CGUCGGUGCCAUGACAACAAGACGAUGGCUCCGAGCGCGAGGCUGAGAAAUUUCAUGCUUGUGUGAACCAGGAGCAACAAAACGAGGAGCCACGUUUAUGUGAAGUUAGAGGCACCAUGUCUCUGUUUAAGGCCCGUGACUGGUGGUCAGCAACUCUUGGUGAGGGUGAGGAAUUUGACCAGGGGUGCUUAUGUGUUGGAGAUGUGGACAACAGUGGCACAGGACACGACAAGAUUGUAGUGGGCAGCUACAUGGGGAUGCUCCGGAUCUUCUCCCCACGUGCCAAUAAAUCAAGUGAAGGAGGCCCAGCGGAUGCCCAGCUCCUGGAAGUCCAACUUCAAAAUGCCAUCAUUCAAGUUGAAGUGGGCAAGUUUGUUUCGUGUUCAGACCUCCUUCACUUGGCUGUUCUUCACCCCAGGAAGCUGUCAGUCUAUUGUGUUUCAGGCACUGCAGGAAAUGUGGAUCAUGGAGAUCAGUACCAGCUGAAGUUAGUUUAUGAGCACAAUCUGCAAAGAACGGCUUGCAACAUGACAUAUGGCACGUUUGGAGGAGUCACAGGUAUGAGACUUUGGCUGUGGCUACAGAUGCAGAGAGUCGACAGGAUUCGGACCUGCCCCUCAGAACUGGGGGGAAAAGGCUGACACCUGAUUGGACAUUCGUACUCGGGGAACAGGCCCUGGACGUUUCGGUGCCCUCCUUCUCCCAUUCCUCUUCCUCUAUCCUUGUGCUUGGUGAGAGAAACCUCUUCUGUUUCCGUGAUAACGGACAAGUCCGCUUCAUGAAAAAACUGGAAUGCAACUCCAGCUGCUUCUUACCCUUUGCCUCAGAUGGCACAGUGAAACUGCUGCUCAGUAACCACACCAACAUGCUGCUGGUUUACCAGGAUGUAACUCUGAAGUGGGCAGCCCAGCUCCCCUUUGUGCCUGUAGCUGUUCGACUUGCCAACUUCCCGGAGCUGAAGGGGGUUGUGGUCAGCCUGAGCUCAGAUGGUCAUCUGUUUUGCUCAUAUAUGGGUACAGACCCCUCCUUCUUCUCAACACCUAAAGUAGAUGCCAGGGAGGUUGACUAUGAGCAGGUGGACGUUGAGAUGAAGAAACUGCAGAGGUUCAUCAGAGAAGCUACCCGGACUCAAGAUAUCCUUCCCAAAACCAACUCAUUGGAGGACCUGUCUGUCACAGCCUCUGUGUCCUCCAGCCUGGACAAACCAUCGCAAGCUCUCAUCCAAGAUAUAGAUGGUCUACCUGUCCCUUCAGUGACUGUGCAGGUGAAAGUAAAGGCCAAUUCUGCUCUACAGUCAUCUAAGCUAUCCAUUUGUGUCCAGCCUCCGUUGGCUGUCACUCAAGACCAGUUUGUUCUGGAGCCAAUGGGUGUUGGUUCAACCAAAGUAGUGGCUUUUUUUGCUUUCCUCAAUGGCCGCUACCCACCUGCUGACCUGACAGGAGACAUCGUCGUGUCCUAUCUCUUACCUACAGAGCUUAAUCCCAAAGGAGUUCCUCGGGUUCUCCAGUCCAGGUUCAGUCUUCCCCUGGCUUUGGUGUGUGUACCCUCAUCUCCAGCCAAAACCACCAAGUUUAAAGUCACUGUGGACACGAACCAGCCACCAGUUGACCUCAGCUCCAUUUUCCGAGAGUUUUCAGCAAAAACAGAAGAUAAGGAUGGGAAUAGUUUGGCUUUCCAGCUUCUGGCAGGAGCCAAAGUUACAAUUCAAGCCUCCAAGACCUCCCAGCGCUACCGUAUUCAGAGCGACAGUUUUGAGGACAUGUGGUUAGUGGUGAAGGAACUUAUUCAGAGGUUUGAUCAACAUUUCUCCAAACUGGGAAUUAAAGACUUCAAGAAGAGUUUUAGUGGUCCUCUCCCACUUCAGGAGUACUUCCUGUCUGUAGACAAUCACUUUCAGAUGCGAGUCAAUGCGCAGCAGUACCAGGAUCUGCUGUCUGAGCGAGCAGUCCAGUUCAGAGCCAUCCAGCGUCGCCUCCUGACUCGAUUUAAAGACAAGACCCCGGCACCUCUGCAGAACCUGGACACACUGCUGGACGCCACUUACACCCAGGUGAUGGCGCUGGCGGAGGCUGCCGAGGAGAACCGGGCGCUGCUGGAGCAGGCAUUUGUCCGCUUGCGGAGCGCCACUCAUCUGCUCGUGCUGCUGCUGUCGCUGUGGCAGGGCCUGCCGCCCAAUCAGACUGCCAUCCUGGAAGCCACACUGCUGCCUCUGCUGCAGGACACACCACAGCUGGAGGUGUUGAGCCAAUACCGGAGGUGGCUGGUGAUGGGGAGAUGGAACCCCCAGAAGAAAUGACCAAAUUUAUCAAGAAGAAACAGCCAUCUAAGAAAGUCAAGAAAGAAAAAGACUCCAAAGAGGUGUCCAGUGAUCCAUCAGGGGGUUCUCUGCAAGAAGCUGGAAGCAGAGGGGAACCGUUUGGAGAGACCAAGAGGGAGAAAAAGGAGUCAUCCAAGAGCAGGAAGGAAUCUAAAAAGGAUUCAAGCAAAGACAUCAAAGAACCCAAAGAGGAGGCAAAGAAGGAAUCCAAGAAGGAAUCCUCGUCCAAAGAGAAGAAAGAGUCGUCGAAGGAGAAGAGGGAGAAGGACAAAGAGAAGGAAGGAAAUAAGGCUGGGAAGGAGUCAGGGGACAUAAAAGUGUCCAGGAAGUCAUCUGUAAAGGUGAAAGAGAAGAAAAAGGAGCCGGAGGCUGCAGAGAGCUAAAUGAGUCGAUGCAAUAAGAUUUCUUUAUGUGCAAAACAGACACGUAAGCAAAACACGAGACAGGUGUCUGCACUCAUGAUCUGACACAAUACACAUCCGCAAAUUUAAUUUAAACUCAUAUUUACAUGUAAAUAACUCAGUCAAGGUCACAUAUUUUUGUGGCUAAGCUGAUAUUUACAUGUACAUGCUGUGCUUCUAAUGGAUCACACCACUUUCACCAGUUUUAGUGGGUUUGCUUGUCGAUUGUGGCGAGCCCAAGAAAAGUGAGCAUGAAGACAAAACCCUCCUCCUCCUCAGACGUUUUGCUGACUCUGUCCAUCCUUGCUGUCUUGUCUCAGCAGCAGUUCCACCCACAGCUCUGAUUCCCGUUCGGCCCCAGACCACCCCUCCACCGCCCCUCGCCCACACACGCUCCUGGACGUGACAUCAGACACGCCCUCCCGCCCCCUCGUGCGGCUCCAAAGCUUCGCCCCGGAGCCUCCCUCGCCGGUCCGCCGAAAAUAAACCGCCCCGACGCAACCAGCCGCCCACUGCAUCCGAGUAAACCAAGGCCACAUCCUACAGCUGCCACCAUCACCGCUGCUGCAACCCCCUCCGAACUCCAACACAGAGGGUUUAUUUAUUUAUUUUUUUUCACUUUUCUGGGACGCUCAAGGACAUGUGGUAGCUCAUAGACACAUACUUAUUUCUGCUGGCCAACACUGUGUUCAUGCAGUGAAUACCAGCAGGACAUUUUUGGAAGCAACAGGGUUGCACAUGCUCUUCCGCUCAAGAACGCUAUAACGGAAGCUGUUUUUCUACAGACCCAUAAAUGUCGUUUUUAUAAAUAAAUAAAUAAAUAAAUAAAUAAGCAUUUGUUUGCCAGCAGACGAGUGGUCUCAUAGACGCAAACACAGUAAUAAUCGUUUUUUUACAGCACACUGUAGUAAAUUAUUAAAAGUUGUAUUUUCCUUAGAGAUGCAGAAAAUGCAUUGUUUCUUUGAGAAAGUUGCAUGUAGAUCCUGUCAGACAGCCAUAAUCAGAAAAUUGGGGAUGCUUACAAAGCACUUCUGAACAUUUUAUUAGAGACCCUGCAGACCCCCAUGUCUGUAUAUUCAAUUUCAGCUCGUCUGUCCGUUUGGAAACUUAUUUUUAGUUUGUAUUGUGAAGCAGAUGCCUGUUUGCACUGUUGCUCAUGGCUUCUGUUGUGAUGUGAACAACCCUCCUGAACUGUAGUUGGGAGUGAAUGUUUUUUUUUUUGGUCCCGGUUUUGAAAAAUGUAAAUAUUUAAAAUUUUGAUCAUAGCUAAAAACACCUAAAUUGAAGCAGCUCUCUUUUUUUUGCCAAGAUUGUUUGAAAAGUCUGUGAUAUUUCAGAGUAAAAUGUUUCUUACCAGUUUGAUUGUCUAUAAUAAAGAGAAGAUUUUGUAGUUUUAGGAGCAGUUCAUAUUUGCCAGGAUCCUUUUGGGAGUCUGCUUUUAUAGAUACGUUUCAUUCCAAAUGCUAAGAUUCUUCUCUUUAAGAAAAAAAUAACUUUUUUUGAUAAAUGGGUAGUCUGUAGAAGAUAGUCAAAUACGAGGAUAAAACCAAAUUUAUUCAUGAAAUAUGUAGAAAUAAAGUUUCAUAUUGUAAAUAAUCCAA